AUGUCAACGGGUGAUCUACUUAGUAGUACACUCAAUUGGCCCGGAAAAGGCCUUUAUGGACUUAAAAGUAGUGUACUUCAAACAACUGAAAAUGAUCUUGUCAAACAAACCAUUGUUUCAGAUCAUAUGAGAAAUCAUUAUCGACGAUUACAAAGUGCAAAAUCUGCAGUUGAUUCUAAACCACCAAAAGCAAUGGUACUAGGCCAAAAAUGUCGAGAUCGAGCUCGAAAAGAAUUAGCUCAAUUGGUCUAUACACAAAAUCUACUUAGUCAAUUUGCAGGUGGAAGUGCUCAAGCAACACCACGUGGUAGAUCUGCACAAAGUGCACGUCGAACAGUUCAAUCACAACCAACAACAUUUCGUGCACGUUCACGAAGUAUUGAAUCAUCUCGUAUGAUGACUCGUUCUUUAAAUAUGAAUGGAUUAUUGCAAAAUCUAAAUCAAAACAGUUCUAAUGAUGGUGAUAUUGCCAAUAAAUUACUUGGCGGUGGUGUUCUUUCUCAAGCAUUAACAGCAAUGACUGCUCUAGGAAAAAUGACAUCAACAGCGCGAAAUAAAAGCAGUGCGGAUGUUCUUGAUAAACAUCCAGAUUUUUUUGUUCAACCAGAGGAUGAAUAUAAACCACGUUUAGUUAAACGGGAUGGAGAUUCAUCUUUACGAAAUAAUCGUAAAUAUUAUAAUCCACCAACAAAAGCCAAAUCUCGUUCAAAAAAUACUGAAAAACAAGAAACAAAAACAGAAGAUAAUGUACCAAACGAAAAUAAACCAAAAGAUGAUGAACAAUUAGCACUUAGAGAACAAUUGAAUAGAAGUCUUGAACUUCGACAUAAUGUUGAAAAGAAAAUCAAAAAAGCUAAAGCAACUACAGCGACAAACUCUGUAUCACGAAAACAAUCUGAUGAAGCAUUAAAACAAUUUGGUUUAUCGGAACAAGAACGUUUGGAGUAUAUGAAAUUCAUGCAAGAAAUAACUGAUGCAAUUAUACGUAAGAAUUUAACUACGGAACCUGCAAUUGAAAAAUUAUUUGAAUUACAUAUUGAUCGAAAUGGAGGAAACCUUGAUAAACGUCGUUUACGUGGUCUUUUAGAAGCAUUAAAAGAAGAUCUGGGUGUUCGAACAUCUCGAAAGAUUGAUACUUAUGCUUCAGUCCAUAAAGCUACUACUUUUGAUCGAGAACCACUUCCACCACAAAAAUCUGCUACAACAAGAGAAGAUUCGUUAAUUUUAACUCCUAAAACGAGUGAUAGACGAGGUUCAGCUUAUGAUCUCGAUGCUCCAUUACCUUGGCAAUCUAAUCGUGAUGAUUUUGAUAAACAACCAACGAUAACACCACGUAAAACUCAUGAAUCAAAACCAAAAAAUUUCAAUGAUGAUCAUCUAUUUUCUCCACCAUCGACAGCUAUAAAACCUAAACCACGCUUAUCACUUCACACACAAAUUGAAGAUCAUGAACAAUCCAAUGAUAUUCCACAUACAACAACGACUGAACAUGAAUCGACUAUUCCAAUGAAUUUCAAUGCAACCGUUCGAAAACCUAUAACUGACUUACAUAAUCUUAAUUGGUUGACGGAUACACCAUCAGCUAAAACAACCAUCGAAAAAGAUUCAUUAGAUAAUGGUGAAGAACAUCAUCAUCAGCAUCAUGAAAAACUAGAAGCAGCUGAUGAACAACGAAGUCCAUCACCUCAACAACAACACCAUCGUUCAGCAUUCGAAACGUAUGGUAGUAAUGAUUUUGAAGACAAUGAUAAUGAUACAGACGUUUCCGAACAAUAA